AAGUAAUCUUUGUGUGGGAUGGCUUCGGAUUGGCCAAAGAGCGCGUCACGCAAGGGGCGAGGCCUCCUGUAUCUAGCUUCUUUGCAUUGGUCCAUUUAUGUCUGAGGAGGGACGAGUUCCACUCCCCCAAUGCCCAUUGGCUAAUCACCACCAGGGCGCGAGGAGGGCGUGUUCCCUUCUUGUUCGUGGAUUGGCCAGCUGGCCGGGAAGGACGGGUGGGCGAGGCUCCGUUAAAGGUACAGAAGGCUGCAGGACCGGCAGCGACACCUGCCAGGGCAGCGGCAGCUGGGGCAGAGAUGGCGCAGCGGGGCCUGGCGGCCGAGUUCUGGCAGGUGCCGGCAGUGACGCGCGCCUACACGGCGGCCUGCGUGCUGACCACCGCGGCCGUGCAGCUGGAGCUCAUCACCCCCUUCCAGCUUUACUUCAACCCGGACCUCAUCUUCAGGAAGUUCCAGGUGUGGAGGCUCGUCACCAACUUCCUCUUCUUCGGGCCCCUGGGAUUCAGCUUUUUCUUCAACAUGCUUUUCCUGUACAGGUACUGCCGCAUGCUGGAGGAAGGAUCUUUCCGGGGACGGACGGCGGAUUUUGUCUUCAUGUUUCUCUUUGGGGGAGUCCUCAUGACACUCUUUGGGCUCCUGGCCAGCCUCUUCUUCCUGGGCCAGGCCUUCACCAUCAUGCUGGUGUAUGUGUGGAGCCGGCGGAACCCGGACCUUCGGAUGAACUUUUUUGGCCUCCUCAACUUCCAGGCGCCCUUCCUGCCCUGGGUGCUCAUGGGCUUCUCGCUGCUCCUGGGCAACUCCGUGCUGGUGGACCUGCUGGGAAGCUGAUCUUUGAUGACCCUGAAGAGGACCCAAAUUACAGACCCCUUCCUGAGGAGCAGCCAGGCAUGGACCCUGUGGACCGCCAACAGUGACCACUUCCUCCUUCCAGCCUGGAAAAGGACUUUCAUCGUCCUUUCUGGGACCACUGCUGCAAGCAUCCCACACUCCUGCUUCCCCUCAGCCCCUACUCAAGUCCCAUCCUUCCCUCCAUUCAUGCCCUGGGAACAGGAUCCAAUCAACUUGGCCAUGGUUCUUGGAUGAGAUGUGCCAACCUGCUCCAGGCCCCAAUGACUAUUCCACAAAUGAAACUCAGCCUUUAUGAGUGUAAGCCCCCCGAAAACAGGGACUUCUUUGGUUUUUGUACUUCAGUCCCAACCGUGCCUGACACAAUAAAUGCUUUGUUCACAAUUGA